AAAUACAACCUCUUGUCCAUCUCUAUCCUUCCCACCCAACUCAUCCUCUUAUCUAUAAAAGUGACCCUCUAAUUAUCUUCUAACUCCUCAGAAGAUAAAUUAAUUCUUUUUCUAUCUCGUUUUGAAAGAAUAUUCCCUAUUUUCUCACAACGCAAUAACUUUUAAAUUAUAAAUUAUUGUCAAUCUUUUUUUUUCUUUUCAAGAAACUCUCUCUUAUCUUGUCUUUUAUCAUCAAAUGCACAUACAUACACUUCAAACACACGCUUACAUGAUAUGUAAACGCGUUUACAUUUAUGUGUAUAUAUAUCAUGUGUAUAUAUAUAUAUACACACACACACACUUGCUUAUUGGAUUGUUUACUUAAUAUCUCAGUUUCUUGUGGUUACUCUCUCACUUUAGGGUUUUUUUUUUCUUGUUGGUCUCUUUUGUUGGGACUCUUUGUUUCUUCUUCUGUUUAACUUAUAUAUAGACACAAAAGGAGUUGUAGUUGCAUAAAAAUGGAGUCUGGAAAGAUCUUUGGAACAGAAGAGGAUUCUCGCAGCUGUGAAUCUGGAUGGACAAUGUAUUUAGCCUCAUAUUCUCAGGACCCCGAUGACGACGGUUACUAUAAAGAUGGUGAUGACGAAGAUAGCGAUGGUGGGGAUUCAAUGGACUCUGAUGCAUCUUCUGGUCCCAUGGAAGCCACAUCAACUCUCAAGCUUCCUCAAGAGAUUGAAGAACAAAACUCUACAGAGAAAAAGAAGAAGAGUAAUGAGGAGAUGGUUUUGGUGGAGCCUAGGGUUCACAACAACAAUCAUUAUGACGAUGAUAAUGAUGAUGAUUAUGAUCAGGAUGAUGGUAAUGAUACCUACAGUGCAGUUCAUAGUUACGUUGGUGCAGUUAGACAAGGGUUUGUUUGAAUUUAUCGACUUGAUGUUUGUGUUUCUUUUAAUUUAUGUUCAAUUACAUGAUCAAAUGCUAUGUCCUUUUUUGUUUAAUGAUGGAAAAGUAUUUUCUGCCUGAUGA